AUGAAUUCUCUCAUUAAUAAUAUGGCUGAAUCAGACUAAUUUGUGAUUUAGGCAGUAUUCCCAGAUUAGUAUAAAACAAUAGUUCUAAUUGGAAGAGGAUCAUAUGCAAAAGUGUAUAAAGCAGAAACUAUGAAUGGAUAAUAUGUUGCAAUAAAAGUAGAUUUGUUCUUAAUUAAUAUAGGUUAUAGAUUUAACAGAUAUGCAAAAAGAAAUAAUACCUUACAUGUAAAAUGAAAUAAAAUUAUUAUCAGAAAGUGAUAAUAGAAAUGUGAUUAAAUUGUUUAAAAGUCAUUAAACCAAAGAUAGAUUAAUUUUAAUUCUUGAAGUACUAUUUCAAAGCUAAUAAUUAGUAUUGUUCUUUAGAUGUAGAAAUUAUGGUGAAAUAAUAUUUUAAAGGUAAAUUACCUGACAAUUUGGUCAUAAUUAUAUUAAGAUAACUAGUAAAUGGAUUAUCUUAUUUACAUAUGAAUAAAAUCAUACAUAGAGAUUUAAAAUUAGAAAAUUUUGCUAUUUAAUUAAAUUAUGAAGAUUAGAUUGCUUUAUAGAAGAAUGAUCUCACAGUUUUUGAGAGAGCAACAUAUAAAUUAAUUGAUUUAGGAUUAGCUAAGAAAUUGGGAGAUCUUUAAGCAUAAACAAGUACUUGGGCAGGGACAGAAUUAAAUAUGGGUAUUAAAUAAAAUUAUAAAUAAAGCACCUGAAAUAUUAAAUGAAGAAAAGUAUUCAUUCUAAGCUGAUAUGUACAGUCUUGGAGUCUGUAUAUAUUAUAUGUUAGUAGGUAAAUAUCCUUAUUUAGAUCCAACAAAUAGAAUUCCACUUUAAGAUUUAAUUAAAAAAGAGAAUGCUGAUUUUAGUUAAAUUGCAAAUCAAUAAUUAAAAAAUUUAGUUUAAAAAAUGCUUAAAUUUGAUCCAAAAAAAAGACUUCAAUUUUAGGAAUUAUAUGAACAUGAUUUUUUUAAGUAUAGAGAAGGAGAUUUAUCUAAUCCAAUUGAUUUAGAAUUAAAUUAGAAUUAAGCCAUUUAUUCUUAAUAAAUGGAUGAGUCUAUUAUGGAUAAUUUUUAAUAAAUAUCAUAAAAAGAAGAGAUAAAAUAAUAAAAUGAUUUGGAAAACAAAUUUUAAUAAGUAAUUAUUGAAGAGCAUCAAUAACAAAUAAAUAAUUAUAUUAAAAAUUAAGAAUCUGAUAUUAUUAUAAUUUAAAGUAAAGUUGAAAAUUCUUAAGAAAUUAAUAAUAUUAAUCCUGUAAGCAUAUAUGAUAAUUCAAAAGCAUAAGAUAAUUAAAUUAUGCAACUUUAUCAUAUUAGAAAUUAAUAUAAUACUAUUUUGAAAUUAGCUGAUUAUGUUGAAUAAAUGAUACCUCUAGUUAAAGUAACUAAACUUAGUUUCUAUUCUAUGGAAUCUAAUUUUAAUAUGUAUAUUGAAUACUUAAGAAUGGUAUCUAAACAAUUAUUCAUUAAAUUACAACAAAAAUUUACUUUUUAUUAACCUACUUUAGGGUCUUAUGAUAGAUAUAAAAUAUUAGAAAGAUAAGUAAAAGGGGAAGAUUAAAAAAGACUUGAAAAUAUUCGCAUUAGAGAAGGAUAUAGUACUGGAAUAAUUUCAUGGUUAAAGAAAAGUAUAUUUAAAAAAAUACAAUGUGAACCUAGUGACUCAUUGUCAUUUAAUUAGUAAUAUCAAUCAAUCAAUAUUGAAUUAUAUAAAGAAUUGUUGAGGAUGUUACAAGAUUCAUUCUACAAAUAUUAAGAUAAUUCUGAUCCUAAAUUGAAAAAAAUUAAAUGUCUACUUUACUUAUCUAUGAUAUAUACUGCUAGAUCUAGAGUUCUAUUUAAUGUAGAACAAUAAAAUAUAGAUUAUAAAGCAGAAGAACUACUAUUAGCUAAAGCAAGAGAGGAACCUGAUAUACUUUCAGAAAAAGUAACCUCUAUAUUAGGUGAAUAUAAAUUGGAAUAUAACUGA